UUGUGAGAACCAUUUUGACAUUUGCACCGUCAGAGUGAGGACGUUUGGGGUGGACCUUUUAAGAACGGUAGAAAGUACUGUUUAAGGUUGGAGUUAGCAUAGAUACAGGGAAUUCAUUAUCAGACAGUCCUCACAGUGGCAGUCUUACUUGUAUGUGUGUGUGUGUGUUUCCUCUCGGUGCAUGCAGGCUGCAGAUGUUCUUCUCGCGCUCUCUCGCUCGCGGGAAAUAAGUGCAGGCAGAGUGCAGGAUCACACACAGACACGUUCCUCUCCAGCUGCCUCGUGAGGCAGAGUGUGAUGCCAUGAGCGAGACAACGUCCAUCCUCUGCUGACAACCAUGAGCAACCGGCUGAUUCCUGCUGUAAUGAACCGUUUGAAAAGGACUUUUAAGGGACUCGCCGGUAGAUUCACGCCGUCAAGAUGCCUUAUUUGACCAAAUCUCUGAUUUUAUUUCUAUGUUUUGCCAUUACCGGGGAAUGUUAUAAGCACGGUCACCGGGUGCGAAGGUGGGCCGGUACUGGGGAGACCCCAAAGCAUGGCACCUCCUUGUCAAAGAAGCCUCCAGAUGUGACGAAAUCUCGCAAAAUGAAGACAGAACACCUGCUAAAAGUAGAUGACCAUGACUUCACCAUGAGGCCAGCAUUUGGAGGUCCUGCAAUCCCUGUUGGAGUGGAUGUUCAGGUGGAGAGCUUGGACAGCAUCUCUGAAGUUGAUAUGGACUUCACCAUGACCUUGUAUCUGAGACACUACUGGAAGGAUGAGCGUCUGUCCUUCACCAGCAGCACCAACAAGAGUAUGACGUUCGAUGGCCGUCUGGUGAAGAAAAUUUGGGUCCCUGAUGUCUUCUUUGUCCACUCUAAGAGAUCCUUUAUCCACGAUACGACUACUGACAACAUCAUGCUCCGCGUCUUUCCUGAUGGACAUGUGCUUUACAGCCUGAGAGUAACAGUAACAGCAGCCUGUAACAUGGACUUCAGUCGCUUUCCUCUGGAUUCUCAAACCUGUUCACUGGAGCUGGAGAGUUAUGCUUACACAGAUGAAGACUUGAUGCUGUACUGGAAGAGCGGAGAUGAGUCCCUCAGCAUUGACGAUCGUAUCUCCUUAUCACAGUUUCUUAUUCAGAAGUUUCAUACCACAUCUCGGUUGGCCUUCUACAGCAGCACAGGCUGGUACAAUCGUCUCUACAUCAACUUCACAUUGAGACGUCACAUCUUCUUCUUCCUGCUGCAGACGUACUUUCCAGCCACACUCAUGGUGAUGCUUUCAUGGGUGUCAUUCUGGAUUGACCGCCGGGCUGUGCCAGCCAGAGUUUCCUUGGGCAUCACCACAGUGUUGACCAUGUCCACCAUCAUUACUGGGGUGAAUGCCUCCAUGCCCAGGGUCUCCUACAUCAAAGCUGUGGACAUUUAUCUCUGGGUCAGCUUUGUCUUUGUCUUUUUGUCUGUGUUGGAAUACGCCGCUGUCAACUACCUGUCCACUGUCCAGGACCGUCGGGAGCGCAAAAUGAGAGAGAGAGUGCGGUCUCAGUCACUGCCCUGCACUUGUGGUAUUUCCCAAACACGAACCAUGACCAUGUUGGAUGGCACCUACAGCGAAGCCGACACCAAUAGUUUGGCCGGCUACACUGAAGAGCCCAUCGUACCUGAGGAAGUACAGGCAGACAUGCACGAGGUUUCUGAUAAACCUGAUCAUAUGGUGGUACACCUGUCAGUGAGUAGUGAGUCCACAACAACGAAGAAGAAGAAGAGCCUUCGUACCCUCAACAUCAUCCAGAACACGCAUGCCAUUGACAAAUACUCCCGAAUGAUUUUCCCUGGUUCGUACAUCUUCUUUAAUCUUAUCUACUGGUCAGUAUACUGCUAAACAACACUGUCAGUCAAGACUGAGGCCAGUGGGGACAUUACCAUACACAGACAGUAUGAAUGCUACAUCAGUGAGACAAGGGACUAAUUCUGAGUGCUGUUGUGCAGCUAAGUCAUUUUAAUGAAGGACAUGAGCAAAAAAUGUCUUAAAUGUUUCCAAUGUGACUUUGGGAUGUUGUUCAAUUAAAAAAACAAAAAAUAUAAAUUCUGUUCCAAACCACUGAUGCUAAUUCUUGUCGUCUCCUUUAGCUUUCUCAAAUGUCAGCUGCUAUUGGAAAGGUCUUUGUCCAAAUUACUGCUAUUCCUGAUAUGAUGAAGAAACCGUAUAUUUUGUAUUUUAAUUGUAUAGAUAAAGAUACAUUGUAUAGUGUCUGUAUUUAUGCUGUGAGGUACUGAUUGUUUACUUAUAUUUAUUGUUAUGAUUUUUGACAAUCAUAAACUGAAAGUCACAAUGAGGUGCAUUGUUUAUCAUGACUCAGUUAUUUUCAUAUAUAUAUAUAUGAUAGAUAAAUAAUGAACUCUUUGAGCCAGUUAUUUCAGCUAAAAAGAUAUUUUGACCUAGUAUUGAGGAACACACAUUAAGAGCUCUCCAAGGUUGUACUCUGUUAGUAUGCGCAUCAUCUUAAAGGCAAAUAAGUGCUUUGGCUUUAACAUGGACACCUGCUUCCGUUUUGCUGCUGUCAGUUACAGCAUUCUCACUGGAUAGAGUUCUACAAACAAAUAUGGGAAUAGCUCAAAUGUUUUAGUGCAGAAUGGCCCCAACAAAUAUGAAGAAAAUUGAUUAAAUACAAAGUGAAGCUGAUAAAUGUCAAUAUAGUAACAUUAGUGGAAAAUUAUACAUAGUCAUAAACUUUUCCCUGUCAGUAUAAAAAAAACAAAAACUCAGGAUUCACACCGUGGAGAACAAUAAUAUGUAUACCAAAGUUGUAAUGUAACCAUAACUGCAGAGAUAUUUCACUUACCUAGGACACUUGAACUAAAAUUCAGCCUACUAGUGAGACAUGACAAAGAUCAAAGGUCUGUUAGUCAGUAUUAGAAGUUGGGCUGAUCAUAUAAUGGCUAACUCAACAGUAACUCAGGUGCUGUCAGCAUCUUGCUGGUGAUUGAACAACACAAUCACAUAAAAAAACAAUUCAUUCUCAAAAGACUGAGAAAUAUGUGGAUAUGCGUAGCAAAUGGGGUUGUCUCAAUAAUGUGAAUAACAUAUUAGUCUGUGCAUGGCUCUGAACAAAUAUUUUGUCUGCUGCUAUUCUUCACGCUUCUUUAAUCUGAAAGCCUGAGUCUGGCAGGACUUAUUUAAAUUUUUUACACUCUUUUAAAUAACAUUUAAAAUGCAAAAAAUAUUUGGAUGGAAACAGGCAAGUUACAGAAUUUUUCAUGUGCACAGGCUGUGGUGAGAAAUUUAAAAGUGGUUAAAAAUUCAGCUAGUUUAAUGAUUUUAAAUGUUUGAACUCCUGCCUCCAUAAGUAAGGUUCAGAAGACAUGACUGCCUCAUAACAGCACAUUAGCUGCAUUGAAGCUCAAGUUUCAGCAACAAGGUACCUGAGAUAACAACAUGUAGUCUGGUUAAUUUUUUUCACAUUUUCCUUAAAGUUCACAGUUUCAAAGUAACAGACCAAUAGGUAGUAAACCCAAUCACUGUGAGGCAUAAAAAGUGGUGUCCAUUCUUAGCCAGUCAUCAUCAUUGUUGAAAGGAAUGUGUGCUCAAUUAGCACAGUGAUGGAUACUCAUUCAACUAACAAUAUGGACCGGUUACUAUUAUUUAGUAUUUUCUAGCCAAAAGUGAUGGAAUGGGAGAGGUUUAAAUGGGCCCAGCUUCAGCUCUACAAGUUUCAGAAAACAUGGCAUCAAAAAGGUCAUCAUAAACAAGACAUUUUUAGAAGACACCUCUGAAAAACAUUGUUCUACAAAUUAGAUAAAAGGAUAAAAAUCAAUAUUGGAUGACCAUUACCUUCAGACCUUCAGAUAACACUUAAUGAAGAACAGGUAUCACUCUAUCAUGAACUGCAUAGGGUCAGGAGCACCUCCAGAAAUCAUCAUCUGUGAACUCAGUUUGCUUAUUUUAGAUUAAAGCUCUGUUAUACAAAGAAAAAAAUUGACUGAAAUAAAGUGGAAAACACUUCUGUAAUAAGACAAACUGAAAUUUGAAAUUGUUUUUGGAAAACAUGGAAUUGGGCACUGGCUCCACUGGACUAAACAGGAGAGGGACCAUCUGCCUUUCUAUCAAAAAAGCCUCCAUCUCAUAUGUACCAUCCAGAGUAUGGCUUCAGGGAAGGGUUUGCAUUUUUCAGUAAAGCCACAUACUGCAUCUCUUCCAGCAGCAUGGCCUUGUAUUAGAGGCAUCUGACUACCAACUGAAAACAUUUGGUGUAUCUUGAAAUGAAAAACAUGAGAAAAUAGACCCAAGACUGUUGAGCAGCUAGAAUAAUCUAUCAAUGGGGCAACAAUAUUUCUCUCCCAAAAGAGCAAGGUCUCCUCAGUUCCGAGACGUUUACAGACUGUUACCAAAAGACAAGCGUAGUACACCCUAGGAGGUAGCGCAGGUCAUCUGCUAAUGAUGGUGCAAUUCCCAGCUGCUCAGUUGGCUUGCAAAGUAUCAUUGAGCCAGAUACUGAAACGUGACUGUUUGAAAGCACUUAGGUGUAGAAAAAAAGUGCUGGUGUGAAUGAGAUGAGUUGUAUACAGCACCUUGAGUGCUCCAGGAGAAUAUAGAAACCAGUCCAUUUACAAUCUUUGCCAUCAUGGGUUCCCCAACACACACCAUUGGACACAAGUCUCUUGUUGUGCUUGUCCAAAUGUUAUGCUAGACCAAGCCCAGUUUGUUCAGUUUUAUCAACUGUCAGAGCUACACUGGCUGUCAGUCCAAGUCAACACAAACCACACCUCAGUGCCAGCUUACCAAGUGUGCACAUAAAUAGAAGAAAAUAGCAAAAUAGUAUCAAUCCUCUGGUACUGCCCCUGAACCCUCUGUUCCACAAAGACAAGUCGUACUAAACAUGGUCCCAACUUUUAUCAAAUUUAAAAUGAGCAAUUUUUUUCUUCUUAAAUUGUACAUUUUCUAGGUUUCAACAUUUUAUGUGUUUUCUAUGUUCUGUUGCGAAUAAAAAUGGGUUUGUAAGAUAUGCAAAUUGUUGCAUUUUAUUUUAAAUUUACAUUUAAUACAGCAUCUCAAAUGUUUUCACAACUGCUCUCAUAUUUAAAGUUGUAUUUGAAGCCACAUGUGACUUGGGAUUAUGUUUUGUAAAUUGCUGCAAUUGCAAUCAAUUUCAGUCAAUAUUCUGGGUAAAAAAGGAAACUACCUACCUCUUCUGGUGUCAUGUUGUCUCAAACAUCAUGUUUCUGUAUGAAGAUAACCACACAUUUAUGUAUUUCUAGCCACCAGUUUUCUUAAACCACUUUCACUAAGCAGGGAUUCAAGGUGCCUCUGACCAGUCUGCAGAUUCAGAUGUGAAACACUGAGGCCCUGUACUUCUUCCUGCUGUGUUAACAUGUUUCCCGACUUUUUAUUUUGUUCUGCAGUUCAACAAAGUGAAGUGUUAAAAAUGCACAAUUCUGCAGUGAUUACACUCCAGUUUUUUAAAAGGAGCUGAUCAUGUAAACAAUUAUUUUAGACCGUUCUAAUUUAAUCACAUUUAUACUGAGGUGAUAUUUGACAUUUGCUGGAUAUUUCAAAGAAUGUAUGUAUGUAAAGUACAAAGUUGUUUUGUUUUUUUAUAUUUGAUAAUACAUUUAUACGUCAAACAAAUAUACUGUGACAAAUUUUUUCAAAUCCACCAAUUUUAUCCUAUGACAGCAACAGAUGUUACAGUAAUUCAAAAUUUGAUUACGUUGAGUGGCAGAUGACAUGCACAGUAAAGCUUUAUUCAUAUGGAUCGUCACUGUAUAGAUAUUUAUGUUUUUAUUUGGAAGCUGAUCCUGUAUCAUUAAUAAACAUGAAGCCUGUGGCUGAAAUGCUCUGUA